AUGGCUCCCGCCGCCACAUCGGUGCCUUCCGCCACCUUUCCUCGCUCCCACUCGUCGCCCGAUCUCUUGUCGACAUCCUUCGCAAACCGCCCGCCACUUCCGCGCAACUCGCCCUCGCUCAACAAGAAACUUCCAAGGCUUCCAUCUUUUGAUUCCUUCGAUAUCCCGUCGUUUGAUGACUUUCAAAACUUCGAUGCCAAGCUUCCUCUUCCUGCAACGACACACCCCAAACUCGAUUCUUCCCCGGUCAUUACACCUGCGACAGCCACGAUACCCAAUAUAGAAGCUGAACAGCCAGCCAGCCGCUUGAGGCGUAGUCUUCCUCGUUCCAAAAUCAACAGUCGCCCCAAAUCUUGGCUACCAAGCUUCAAAUCGAACAAGGACGAUAAUGCUCAACACGCGCAGUAUCUAGAGCUACCGCCGGCAAAUGAUGGUGGUGCAAUGCCGCGACAUCCAUCGCUCAAGGAGCGCAGCCAGUCUGCCACCGACACUUUUGCCAGCUUUGCCCGCCGCUCCUGGGUCUCCCGCACGCCAUCCCCCAAUAUUGCGACCCCACCACCAACUGAUACCUCGGACAAGACGCCCAAGGCCGCUUCUAGGGGCGGGCUGAAGAAACAGCGGCCGCCGGCCCAAUGUAGGCCUUCUGAGCUCAAUGCACGGUCGGAAGAUGAGGUUGAGGCUCAAAAACCUGCCCCGUCCACUGCCAGCAAGGCUGGGUCCUAUUUUUUCAAACCCAAGCCUAAAGCUUCGACCCUGGUCGCUGUCGUCCAGGACUGGGGCGCUGAUUCCGACAGCUGCGCCUCGUCAGCUGCCAGCCUGAGUCAAACUGGGCCACAAAGCGUGGCCAGCCGUACGUCGCAGUCAACAAGCUCAGAAAGGAGCAACGCGACUCCCAUUACCGAUGACUCGUCCAACGAAAUGACGCCACAGGUUCGCGACAGCCUGUGGUCGCCCUUCAAGACGCUUGACCUUGAUUUUAAGAGUUUCACGCUCAAGCAGAUGACGCAGCGUAUCGCUCAAAUCCAGACCGUUCUACUGCCAUUUCUCCGCGGCACCAUGCACCACCCCUCCACCAGGAACUUGCGGCCCGAGGACGUCGACCAUCGCGCUGUUAUUCUCAACAAAUGGUGGAACGCCAUUCUCGAUAUGCUCGACUCCCAGGCCAACCAACCAAUUCCCGGAGUAGACCGUCCAAUUCUGCUCGAGGCUGCUACCAUGCUUAUGAUGCGACCCGAGUGGCGACGGGCCACGCCGGCUUUCCAGCCUCUGCUUGAUCGAUGCCCUACUGAAAAGCUCCGCACGCGAUCAGGUACCAGCUCCUCCUGUGACUCGCAGAAUUCUAUGCUGGUCGAUGAAACUGCCGAGCACAGCGUGCGAACUAUGUUUGUUGCCAAUUUGGUUCGCCAAAUGUCCCUUGUAGUGGACAAGAUGUCGCUGCGGCAUGCUCGCCUCACCUUGGUCAACUUUGCCGGCAAGGCAUGCGCGUAUGCCUUCUUCUUCGCGCCUGGCGUCGCUGAUAUCUUGCUGCGUCUGUGGGUUCUCACACCUGAGCUCAUCCGCAGAGCUGCAGAUGAGUUGGGCCUGCCGCGGUCCGACAAUGGGGAUGGUGAAGAUAUUGCUGCACUUUUCCCGCCCAAACUUGGUCCUUAUGGUUGGAGUUCUCCACGAGCUGCCUGUAACAAAUUGAAGCAGAUUCCCAAAAUGUCGGUCCUGGUGGCCCGGAUCCCAUGGACCAAUUCUUGGGUGUCGAGAUGGAAGGGCCGAGAUACAGACCUCUUCUUCAUUUUCUGCAAGUACUUUCACGUGCUCACAGACCAGUUUCUACUCCCUGGUUUGCCAUUGGCGUUCAAAGCUCGCGCACCAGCCUUUGUCCUUGUCCAGGCGCAGUUGCUGUCUAUCAUGGACUCUACCAUUCAUCGCCAAGCCGCUCUCGGUCAGGCAUAUACCCCGCCUCUUGUCGACUCAUUUCCCGGUGCCGACGCGUCAGCCAUGGCCAUGCCUUUGCCCCCAUCAAAUUUGAUGAAAGGCAUGGCCGAGAACAGAUUGGUGGCACUGCUCAAGGACUUUUUGCUGGAUGAAUUGCCCGACUUCGCCAACGCCAAAGCCACAUUCGCCGAAACGUUUGGUGCCCUGAUGAGAGCUGCUACGCAGCGGACCUCCAAGUUUAACAACGCUGCGUGCUUUACUCUAUGCGACUUUUUGGAAGAGAUUCUGGUCAUUUACGACAAGUAUGAGGUUAUGGAGGACGUCGCCCCAUGCAUUGAUUGGACAUUUUGGAUUGAGGUAUUCAAGCGUGUCAUGAGCUCGAUGAAUACAAUGUCCGAAGUGCGUGCCCUUUCUUUCCUUUACACUGUCUGGAAUAUUGCCGCGAAGCAAUCGUCGCGCAAGGCUGAACUUUGUUUCGACUGGUUGCUGACGGAGGAUACGUUCAACUCCUUCUUCAAUAAUUGGUGUCCGAUGGUGCGCGCAUACUUUCACCGGCUGUUAUGCUGGAGAAUCUGCCGCUACGAUGGGUCGCCCAGCGAUGUCGAUAUUGCCGUCUUUCGGCUCGUGGCGCGACGCCUGAGGUCUGUCUGGAGCCACUAUCUCUAUUUGAGGGAAACGGCGGACGAAACGGGUCGCGCAAGGCCGUCGUCGACACCCAUGUCGCCUACCGUGGGAAAGCGCUUCAUCAUUAUCCGCCAAGAGGUGCAUGCUCCCCAGCCAGGCCUCGUGGUGGGACUGGACACGUUUGCCCGGACACCGUCUGGUACCGAUCUGGCAGCCAUGAGCGAUUACUUCGACUCAUCUCAGCAGUCCAAGGGUGAUGCGAAGAAGCGGUGGUCACUGCUCGGUAAAGUGCUCUCUUUCACCAAUGUCGCGUCCGCCGCCGAUACACCCAACCCAGCAGGUCUGCCUAAGAGUCAUUCCUUCGAUGGGCUGCAGGUGGGCCGACGCGACACGGCUGCCCCUCGCUCCCGCCCGUCCACACAGUCCUCUACGCAUUCGCAAAAAAUGUUUCAAAUCGGUGGAAGUUCAGCGGCGUCAGACACUGAAUCACGCAGCUCCACGCCCCAGCUCGACGAACCCGGGUUCAUCUUCAAGUUUAUCUUGGCCUGGCAGCAGCAAAGCGGACCCAACCGCGAGCGCGUCCUGAGCCUCCCGCAGCUGCCCGGCCCCGCGCAGUACCGCCUGGGCGGACCGAGCUGCGCCAAGCGACCGGUACCACUAGACGCGCUCCGCCAGGUCUCGAGCACGUCGCAACCGGGGCUCAUUGACCGCGCCAAGAACGCGACACCCCUCUCAUCUUCGCCGCUUGAGGAGAGCACGCAACGACUCUCCCUCGCCGAACCCCUGCUGCACGCACACGACAGCCCGGCCGCGAUGCGCACGGGUGUUUCGAGCCCAAGCGAGGAGAGCGACGCCACACGCACGGCGACGCCCAAUACGGGCUACUUUGUGCCCGAAGAGACGAGACCAAGCAAGCCGGUGGGCGCCUUUGUACGCAACGCUGUCUACUCGGGCCAAGCGCUGGCCGAGUGGACGCAGGUCGUCAACGAGUGCAACAGCUUUGUCGAUCGGCGCACCGACGAGGGCGUGGACCGCCUGCGCGAUAUGGAAGUGCCGCUUCUGACCGUCGAGGGCUUCCGUAAACUCGGGGGCUAG